AUGCCUCAAGCGGUUGCUGGCCACCCCAAACACCCCGUCAUUGGAUACCCAACAUCUGCUACCAACACCACCAUCGCGCCACUACAAAAUACGACCACAACGACCUACACCGGGUCUACAGUACCGUUAUCCUUUGCGCGCCGUCAGCAAAAUCAUGCUGCAGAACGCGAUGCGCGGUCCAGACAGGAGGGAUGGGUCACUGUCCGCGAGGGCGGGUUCAUGCAGUCGUGGAAGCAGCGGUUCAUGACUCUGCGCAGCGAAUGGGUCGACUUUGCCAAGGCCGAGGACGGCAAGACGCUCUACACGCUGUUUCUCAACGAAAUCGUCGCCAUCGGGCGCGCCGAGACGGGGGUGCCCACGAUGGAGAUUAGCCGCCGCAUUGAGGGGUCCUCGACCAGCCCCGGGGAGAAGGAAGGGCCGCUCAAGAUUCUGCACAUCAGGCCAAAGUCGGAACAGGAGCUGUAUACGUGGAUCGACUUUAUCCACAUGGCCUGUCCCGGCCUGGGCGGCGUGAGCAACCCGACCAACUUCUUCCACGAGGUGCACGUGGGCUUCGACGCGGCGACGGAGCAGUUUGUCGGCCUGCCCCAGGAAUGGGUGCAGCUGCUGAGCGCGUCGGCCAUUACCCGCGAGGAUUAUGCGCGGAACCCGCAGGCCGUCAUCGAAGCAGUCGACUUUUACUCUGAUCUCCAGAAGCAGUCUGAGCAGGCGAAUGAUUUUUUUGCGCUCACGCCCAUCAAGAUUUCCCGCGGCGACGAAAUUCUGCCUGCAAGUGGUUCCGCCUCGUCGCUCCCGGGCUUGGCUGAGGAGCGGACAGCAGCAGCUGAGAGAAGUCGCGUCCCUGAAAGACCGCCGCCAUGUACGCCCCCGAAGCUGCCAGACCUCAUCCCCAGUCGGCCGCCGCCACCGGCACCAAAGAAGUUGGGGCCCAAGCUGCCAGUUGUCCCGGUCUGGGAAUACGGCGAUGACGCGCCGCUGCCACCAGCUCCGCGUGGUGCAGAGGCUCAGGAACGGCCCGCGCCGCCGCUCAAGGUAGAGCGCCAUGUGCAAAAGGUGCCGGAGUCAAGAGCAGACGCGCCCCCAUUCCCAGAUACUGUUACACCAUUGGAUAUCCCUUCACGACGCAGGCAGGCGAUUCGACAUGUGACAUCGUCCGAGGCGGAGCUGAUUGCCAAGCUGCAGCCUCUGAUUUCGCAGAGCGACCCCAACACGUCAUAUCAAAAGCAUAAAAAGGUCGGCCAAGGAGCAUCCGGAUCCGUGUAUGUGGCUACUAUCCGCAGCACCGCCGUCGGCGUCGCGCGGCAGCUGGUGCUGAAGAAGGGCCCAAAGACGCGCGUCGCGAUAAAGGAAAUGAACCUGGCUCGGCAGCAGCGAAAGGAGGCGCUCCUGGAUGAAAUUUCCAUCAUGAAGGAGGGCAAACACAAAAACGUCAUCAACUUUUUGGAUGCCUUUCUCGUCAAUGAAAAUAGAAUGCUGUGGGUAGUCAUGGACUAUAUGGACGGUGGCGCGCUGAUUGAUGUGAUUGACAACAACUCGACAAUCAGUGAGCGACACAUUGCCACACUGUGUCGCGAGACUUGUCGCGGCUUGCAGCAUCUUCACUCGAAGCAAAUCGUCCACAGAGACAUUAAAAGCGACAAUGUCCUCAUUGACUCUCGCGGCAACGUGAAAAUCACCGAUUUUGGAUACUGCGCCAAGCUGACGGCGCGGCGCUCCAAGCGCGCCACGCUCGUGGGCACCACGUACUGGAUGGCGCCCGAGGUGGUCAAGCAGAAGCGCUACGGGUACAAGGUGGACGUGUGGUCCCUCGGCAUCAUGGCGAUUGAAAUGGCCGAGGCGGAGCCGCCGUACAUGGACAUGGAGCCGAUGCGCGCGCUGUACCUCAUCGCCACGGGCGUCACCCCGCCGCUGCGCGCGCCGCACAAGCACGGCGCCCUGCUCAAGCAGUUUCUUGCAACGUGUCUGGUCGUGGACGCGUCGCGGCGGGCCACGUCGACGGCGCUGCUAAAUCACGAGUUUUUGCGCUCCGGCGGCGACACGGCCGAGUUGGUGGAGCUGCUGGCGUUUAAGAGGCAGACGACGAGCUAA